AUGAGCAUUCCAAAAAACAGAAUUGCUUACUUCUAUGAUGAAGAAAUUGGCAAUUUUUACUAUGAGGAAGGCCACCCAAUGAAACCUGUAAGAGUUCGUAUGACUCACAGCCUUGUACUCGCAUAUAAACUUCAUAACCAUUUGCAGGUCUUCAGGCCCCAUCGUGCUACAGCAACUGAAAUGAUGCGCUUCCACUCCCCCGAUUACAUUAAAUUUUUGCAAAAUGCUACACCAGAAAACUCGAUUACAAGUAUCCAAGAACAAAAACGUUAUUGCAUUGGCUCAGAUUGCCCAGUUUUCGAGAACAUUUUCGAGUACUGCCAAAUUUCCGCUGGUGGAAGUAUCUGCGCCGCUCAAAGAUUGAAUUAUAAUCUUGCAGAUAUCGCCAUCAACUGGGCAGGCGGCCUCCAUCAUGCUGCCAAAGAGAAGCCAAGUGGCUUCUGCUACAUUGCAGACUGCGUUCUUGGAAUUAUGGAGCUUUUGAAAUAUCAUCCAAGAGUUAUGUACAUUGAUAUCGAUAUUCAUCACGGAGAUGGUGUCGAAGAAGCAUUUUACGAUUCAGAUCGCGUUCUUACAUGCUCAUUCCAUAAAUACGGAAAUGAUUUCUUCCCAGGCACCGGCCACGUGUUUGAUAUUGGUGUCGACCUCGGCAAAUACUACGCAGUCAAUGUCCCUCUCAGAGAUGGCAUGACAGAUGAAGCUUACCAAUUUAUUUUCCGACCAAUCAUUUCAAGGCUCAUUGAAUGGUUUGUUCCUUCCGCAAUUAUGCUACAAUGUGGCGCAGACUCGUUAGUCGGCGAUCGUCUAGGUUUCUUCAACCUCUCUACUUACGGACAUGGAGAUUGUGUUUCAUUUGUAAAAAGCUUUGGAAUUCCUCUUCUCGUUGUAGGAGGUGGUGGAUAUACAAAGACAAGCGUUGCUCGUUGCUGGGCUUACGAGACAUCAAUCUUAACAGGCGUCGAUAUUCCAAAUGAAAUGCCAGAAACUGAUUAUUACGACUUUUACCGACCAAGUUACGAACUCCAUCUUAAACCAGAUGGAAAGAAGAACUGCAAUAGCAGAGAAUACCUCGAAAACGUUAUGUGCCAUGUUAUUGAAAACAUUAGACAUUUACCAGGAGCUCCUUCAGUCCAAAUGCAGGAGUUACCACCUAGGGAUAUGAUUUCGGCAGCAUUACGCUUGCCUUCUGAUCCAGAUGCUGCUGCUCGCAAUUUUACCCACCAGGCAAAUAAUGAAGACGAUGAAAACGAAGAAUAA